GUUCACUUGUACCAGUCAGCAAGCGACAAGCAAUUCAAAUAAAAAAAAUCAAGUAACAUGAAGGUUGCCAUAAUAGGAGCUGGAACCAGUGGCCUAACAUCCAUCAAAUGUUGUCUUGAUGAGGGUUUGGUACCUAUCUGUUUUGAGAGAAGUGAAGAUAUAGGUGGUGUGUGGAGGUAUACACCAGAUGUUGAAUAUGGCCGAGCCAGCAUCUACCAGUCCGUUGUUAGCAACACCAGCAAAGAAAUGAUGUGUUACAGUGAUUUCCCAUACGCUGAAGACACUCCUAACUUUCUGCACAACACGAAAAUGCUGGAAUAUUACAGGGAAUAUGCCGAGAAAUUCGGUCUGCUGAAAUAUAUUCAAUUUACGACAUUGGUACACAGUGUGAAGAAAUGUCAUGACUUCCCCACAACUGGCCAAUGGGAAGUCACCACAGUAAAAGAUGGAAAGCAAAAUACAGCCAGUUUUGAUGCUGUAAUGGUUUGUUCUGGUCACCAUGCUGAACCAAAUUAUCCAUUGGAGUCAUUUCCUGGCAUAAACACAUUUAAAGGUAAAUACUUUCACACUCGAGAAUACAAGACUGCUGAAGAAUAUAAAGGAAAACGAGUUCUCAUUGUAGGCAUGGGAAAUUCUGGAACUGACAUUGCUGUAGAACUCAGUCGAGUUGCUUCUCAGGUGUAUCUUAGUACAAGAAAGGGAUGCUGGGUAAUGAGUCGAGUUUUUGAACAAGGUUAUCCUUGGGAUAUUUGCUUUGACACUCGGUUUCAGAAUUGGUUGCGUAACAUUCUUCCACCCAGUGUUGUCACCUGGUUAAUUAAUAAGAAAGUUAAUGAAUGGUUUAAUCACAGAAAUUAUGGUCUACAGCUCAUGGACAGUUCCCAGUUUAAAGAACCAAUACUGAAUGAUGAACUGCCAAGCCGUAUAACAUGUGGUUUUGUGCUGGUCAAGCCACAGGUGACACAAUUCACAGAGAAUGGGGUCAAAUUUGACGAUGGAACUAUAGAAGAAAAUAUUGAUGUUGUCAUCUUUGCCACUGGAUAUGCUUUCUCAUUUCCCUUUUUGGAUGAAUCAGUUCUUAAAGUGGAAGAUAAAAAAGUAUAUCUGUAUAGAAACAUAUUUCCUGUAGGUUUGGAAAAACCCACGUUUGGUGUUAUUGGCCUUAUCCAACCACUCGGACCUAUAAUGGCUGCUGCAGAGGUCCAGGCACGGUGGGUCACCAGAGUUUUUAAAGGUUUGUGCAAAUUUCCCUCACUCGAAGAGGUAUUGAUUGAUAUUGAAAAUAAAAAAGAAACACUACAAAAAAGGUUUGGGACAGGAAGUGCCAACAUUUUACAGCUGGAUUACAUUAAAUACCUGGAUGAGAUGGCCACUGAUAUGGGGAUUAGGCCUAAUAUUUUAAGAAUAUUUCCAACAGACCCCUAUUUAGCCUUGGCACUUUUGUUUGGCCCUUGCACCCCAGCCCAGUACCGCCUAGUAGGGCCGGGAAAGUGGCCACACGCCAGGAAACAAAUUAUGACUACGUGGGAUCGUAUUAUAAAGCCACUGAAAACCCGAUCUGUAAAAAGUGAGGAACCCAACGCACUGACAAUGCCAUACAUUUUAGGUGCACUUUGUGUUCUUGCUCUGUUUUUAUCAGUAUUUUUUUCCAAAUAUUAAUACUGUCCAUCAUUGUUUUUUUAUAAAACAAAAGUCACAGAAUACCAGA